CAUUUUUACCUCCCCUCUUUCUCACUUCGAGAACAUUAAGCAGGGUGCUCUUGGAGGGGGGCUUAUCUGGCCCCCUGUUGGAUCUAGACACGAGGUUGAUUCCCAAGUUGGAGUAUGGCUACUACAACCCUGGAGCCUCACAUCGACGCCCCCCUGGAGGUUGAGGGAUGUUUAAUAAUGAAGGUGGAAAAGGACCCUGAAUGGGCAUCGGAACCCAUUCUGGAAGGAUCGGAUAGCUCUGAGUCUGAGGCCUUUCGCAAAUGCUUCAGGCAAUUCUGUUAUGAGGAUGUGACUGGACCACAUGAAGCUUUCAGUAAACUCUGGGAACUUUGCUGUCGGUGGCUGAAACCAGAAAUGCGUUCCAAGGAACAGAUCCUUGAGCUGCUGGUGAUUGAGCAGUUUCUCACCAUUUUGCCUGAGAAGAUUCAGUGUUGGGCACAGAAGCAGUGUCCAGAAAGUGGAGAAGAGGCAGUGGCCCUUGUAGUCCAUUUGGAGAAAGAGACUGGAAGACGAGGACAGCAGGUCAGCAGUCCCAUGCACUUGGAGAAGCAAGCCCCACUUGGAACACCCUGGGAGGUAGCAGACUUCCAACGAGAGCAGAUGGAGACCCAACUCAGUGUGGUCUCUCAGGAGGAAGCUGGAGCUUUCCACUUGGGACACCAGGAACAGCUGAACCAAAAGAGACAACAUCAACCCUUACCCAAGAAUGCUCAGCCUUCUCUCUGGGUUCCUACCCCCGUUGAAGAAUGGAAUCAGGAAGUGACAACCACACAUCUUUCUACUGGGUCUCAGGACCCAGUAAAAGAUGUCCACAUGAUGGGAGGUUUUUCCUACAAAAAGAAUGUACAUCAGAUUCCUGCUCACAGAGAUUUCUACCAGGAUAUCAGGAAGGAGAAUAUUGGGAACAUGAUCUCCCUGGGAAGUACAGUGUCUACAUCUAACAAGAUGGUCCGGUUGGAACAAAGGAAGGAGCCAUGGGCUAUAGGCCUACAUUCCUCUAAUAAGAGAAAUGUCCUACGAAGCAGCUAUAUCAAAGAAAAGUCAGUUCAUGCUAUUCAGAUCCCUACAAGGAAUGCAGGAAAAACAUGGAGAGAACAGCAGCAGUGGGGUUUAGAAGAUGAAAAAAUUGCAGGUGUGCAUUGGAGCUAUGAGGAAACAAAGACUUUUCUUGCAAUUCUCAAAGAGUCUCGCUUUUAUGAAACACUCCAGGCUUGUCCUCGUAAUAGCCAGGUGUAUGGUGCUGUGGCUGAGUGGUUGCGAGAAUGUGGCUUCCUCCGAACACCAGAACAGUGUCGGACUAAGUUCAAAAGUCUCCAGAAAAGCUAUCGAAAAGUGAGAAAUGGCCACAUACUAGAACCUUGUGCCUUCUUUGAGGAUAUGGAUGCUUUGCUGAACCCUGCAGCCCAUGCUACAUCCACUGACAAGCCAAAGGAGGUGAUACCUCUCCCCAGGUUAAAGAGAAUUAGUAUCAGUGCUAAAGAACAGAUCAGUUUAGUGGAGGAGGCAGAAGAAGCAGAAGAUUCUGAUGGUGAUGAAAUGGGCAUUGAAUUUAUCCGCAGAUCUGAGAUUCGUGGUGCUCCUGUCUUGUUACAAAACCUGAGUGGUGUACACUGGGGCUAUGAAGAAACUAAGACUUUUCUUGAUAUCCUCCGUGAGACUCGGUUUUAUGAAGCUCUUCAAGCCUGUCAUCGGAAAAGCAAAUUGUAUGGGGCCGUGGCUGAACAACUUCGGGAGUGUGGCUUCCUACGGACACCAGAACAGUGCAGAACCAAGUUCAAAAGCCUUCAGAAGAGCUACCGCAAAGUGAAAAAUGGCCAUGUACUAGAGUCCUGCGCAUUCUACAAGGAGAUGGAUGCCCUAAUUAAUUCGAGGGCACCUGCUCCUGCCUCCAAUAACCCAGAAGUCCCAUUACCCUCAAGGCAAGAAAGAGGGGUUAUUGAGGUUGAACCCCAAGAACCUAUAGGCUGGGAACCUGAGGAGACUUCACAGGAGACAGUAAUAGAAGAUUCUUGCAGUGAGAAAAUGAGUGAGGAGGAAAUUGUACAAGAGACAGUAUUCCAGGGACCUCCAGGUCUACUGGAAAGCUCACAUGAUUUUGAAAUUGGAAGUAAUAUCAAGGAGGAUUCAACACAGGUAACAUACAAGGGCAUGGAACAGCAUAGGACAUUAAUAGAAAAGUCUAAAAGAGUUGCUUCUCAGAAUGUUGAUGUUGGUAAAUACUGUAAAAGGGAAUGCAUCUCAGGAAGACAAUGGGAAAACCUCCAAGGAAUUAGACAGGGAAAGCUUCUGUCUCAGCCUAGAGAUUUAGAGAAAGUGGUAGUGCAUCAGAGGCCUUUCUUGGGGAAGAGACCCUACAGACUACUCAAAUAUGGAGAAAGCUUUGGAAGGAGUGCUCGUCUUAUGUGUCGGAUGACUCAUCAGAAGGAAAAUCCUUAUAAAUGUAGUAUCUGUGGGAAGUGCUUUGGUAGAAGCAGAAGCUUAAUCAGGCACCAAAGAAUACAUACAGGAGAAAAACCUUUUAAAUGUCUUGACUGUGGGAAAAGCUUUAACGACUCCUCUAAUUUUGGUGCCCAUCAGAGAAUCCACACAGGCGAGAAACCCUAUAGAUGUGGAGAAUGUGGAAAAUGCUUUAGUCAAAGCUCUAGUCUUAUUAUACAUCAGAGAACCCAUACUGGUGAGAAGCCGUAUCAGUGUGGAGAGUGUGGGAAAAGCUUUACCAACAGUUCUCAUUACAGUGCCCACCGGAGAGUCCACACAGGUGAGAAUCCCUACAAAUGUGUGGAUUGUGAAAAAAGUUUCAAUAACUGUACAAGAUUUCGAGAACAUCGGAGAAUACACACUGGAGAGAAGCCCUAUGGAUGUGGCCAGUGUGGCAAACGUUUCAGUAAGAGUUCUGUUCUUACCAAACACCGGGAAGUUCAUGUGAGAGAGAGGCUUCUGCCACACCCUCCAUCUAUGUACUCCCCAGAGAACCCACAUAAGGGAAAGACUGAUGAGUUCAGGAAAACUUUUUGAUGAUCUCUUUCUCAAUGUCCCUUUAGCCAUCUUACCCUAAUCUCUGUUGGAAGUGAUCUUUUAUUAGAUAUAAAGAAUAAUUCUCAAGAUAAACUUGAGAAUGUAAAUAGACUAGACUUUCAUCCUGUUCUCACCUCUGCCUCUAACUUGAUAAAUCCAUUCCUUUCCUUAUCCAUGUCUCAGUUUCUCCUUUACCAAAGUGGAGAAGAUACAUUGUCUGAGUUCAGAAUGAAAUCAUCUUCAGUAGGUUGAAGCGACUGGUGUUGGAUUGCUAAAUUCAGCAACGUUCAUAAUCCUUCAGUGUGGGUAAGAGUUGUUUUAAAGGAGAUUCAAAAAAUGCUGUUUUAUUUUUUCAUUAUCUACUACAUGAGAUCCUGGAUGCAACUUGUAAACAAAUUUUCACAUUUGAGUAGAACUUUCAGGAAUCAAAUUAUAACUGCAUUAACUCCAUCUUGGUUUUGAAGAUAUUCACAAAAGAAGAAUGAAGAUUUUAUAGCAUCUUUCAGAAGUCUUUUACAGUGUACCUUUAUCAUGCUAAGAAGUUGACAAAUAGGAUUGAAUCCCAGUAUGUCAUUUGAAAUCAUGUUACUACUGCCUUGGCCUCCAUAGUGUUGAGAAGCAAUUGAUCACCCAUCAUCCUUUUGUGUAUCUGAAGACUUAAAUCUCCUAGGCUGCUUACUGUUUCUUCGGCCUAUACGUAAUCCCAGUUCCUUGUACUGUUUAUCUUAAAUACUAUACUUACCUCUUAAUUGUUCUGGGUGCUCUUGUCUGACUCUUCUGAACUAUCAUGCCCUCCUCAGAUUGAAUAGGAUGCAUGCUCGUGGUGUGUCUCUUUAAAGUAGAAUUUCAGACACAUUCUAGUUCUACCCUGUAACUUCUCUGGCUCUUAUCUAGAAUGUGACCAGUAUGUUGGCAUAUUUUACACUUCCCACCUCUACACCUUAGUAAAAUAUUUUAUAGUGGUGUUUCUAAAACUUUUAGGGGAUAGGGAAGAAAUGUGAUAGAGAACUGAAGCAUGUAAUGUUUCUAAGACCAGUUAGACUCCAUAGGCCUACUUUAAAUCUGAUGGCCACCUCAGUCUAGACCAAACUUCUAGGGCUAGCUGUUAAAUAUACCUGUUUCUGAAGUGUUUAGUUCCUGUUCAUAGAAUCAUAAACCUAUUAUAGAGGCCUGAAUAAUUUAUACAACUCUAUAGCUCACUGAAUAAAAGUGAAGACAUAGAAAUCUCCAGUCCAGAGCACCAUUUUUGUUUCCCUUGUUUACCUGUUUGUCUAAAAAAAAAAAGUCUAUGAUAACCCCUUAGCACUAGCUCAGUAAAUAUUGAAAUAAUCUGAGGGUAUAGUUAAUUCAGAUAGAGAGUUACAAAUGAAACCCAGGAAUUUAAUUUUCCAAAGCUAGUUGCUUCAAGAUAAAACCAACUAUAUCCUUAAUACAUAGGUAACCAAGGAUGGCUUUGUUUUGGGGAGGGAGAAGUCACAGGUUUAGUGGAAGGAUAACCAGAUUCGGAGCUGUGUGUAGAUUCGUUUGCUCCUCUCUCCCUUCCCUUGUCAAAUGUUCUUAUUCAAAGACAUCUGGAGAUAAUAUUUUUCCUUUCAGUAUGUUUGAAUCUUUUGAGACCUGUUCAGCAAAGUACCAAGGAGGGAACGUACUGUAGAAAGAAAUCCAGUUUAUGGCACCAGAAUAGGAUAUGGUCAACCGUUGGAAGGCAGGUGACUCAGAAAUAGAAGAUUUUACCCACCAUCUUAGCCAAGACUAUUUGCCUUCCUGCAUUUUCUCUCUUCAGCUGGGGCAUGUAAGGUAAAAUGAAUAAUCAUGUUCUGCUCAAUGUGUCUUUGUAUCACUUCUCAUUGCCUUUAUGAAAAUCCAUAGGGAAGGUUUUUUUUCUAGAUUCAGUACCAAGGAAAGCUCUGAUCCUAAGCCAAAAAAUUAGUUUAUAAUCUUAUAAACACUGUGACUUUUAUAACUUACUGUUUUUCUCUCUGUUCUGGCUGUUACAGAAAGCUCAACAAAACAUACAGCCCACCUCAACCAACUACCUAAACCUAUAUUGAUUUAAUUUUGUCUUAUUUCUUUGGAAAUUGUGUCAAAUCCUAUUUUUGAAAAAUAGUAUAAACAGACAUUUUAUUCUCUGACAUCUAAGGCAUUUUGGAAAUUGGGCUUAUAUGUUUUUGCCCACAGUUGCUUUAUUACUCCCAUAAAUACCUCCAAUUCUUACCAGUGAUUUUAUUACACAUUCAACCUAGUUUAUUCAUCUGGAAAGAAACCUCAGUUUUUUAAUAAGGAAAACUUCGCAUAUACUUAAACCACUCAGGGCAGCCUGCUAUCGAGGAAUAAUGAGCAUUAGACCAGAAACCAAAAGAGAUAAGUUUUAAUAUUGUCGCUACCACUUAAUGAGUGUUAUUUAACAAAUUAUAAUGUCUCUAGCCUUAGUUCUUUAUCUGAAGAGAGUUUGAACUUGAUUGCCAAGACUACUCUGGCUCUACUGUUCCAUGAGGCUAUGGAGCAUAGUGGAGAUGAGAAAGAGGUUAUGAGACCAAGCUACCUGCCUAGCUUACCACUGAAUGCAUCAUCUGGGCCAUCCUGAAUCCAUUUUAUGCUUUAGGAAAGGGAUGCUGUGACAGCCAAGUCAACCCAGGAGCUUACUUAGUCAUGGAAAAGGACAAGCCCUUCGUGUUCAACAGCAGACAGCACCUCAAUAGCCAAUGGCAGGUAGCUAAAGUGAAGAAAGCCAAUUUUCUGAGAUCUGAUGCCCAGUGACAAACCAGACUCAACCUGGAAGGAGCUGGGAAGCCCCAAGUGAAAGGAGUCUCUGAUUAACUUGUGUAACUAUAAGCCUUUGCUUCUGUCUGAAUGCAUUCCAAGACCAAUUAUAAGUGUAUGUCUACUCAUAGUUUUGUAUUAAUAUUCACUUAGAUGUGUUCUUGGAAAUUUGUAUGUGAAAUAAAUGUGUGAAAUAAAUGGUUCCCAUUAGUUUUUUGCCAUAA